AUGCAUCCGCCCGCAGUUUUGCGACGUGUACGAAUGCCCUCCCUCGCGUCUCUUACAACCAAGUUUAAUCAUUUUUACUUUAUUCCACUUUUUGGAUUCUUCUGCUGGUAUGGCCUUCUCUUUGGUCUAGUAGGAGCAUGGGUUAAAGAUGGACAUCAUACUUAUCCGCAAUAUGAUGAGCUCAAUAAACCAACGCCAUUAGAAAGAAUUGGUGUGAUUGUGGAGCCAGGAUUUUUCAUUUCUUUUGUCAUAAUUCAUGCGUUUGUAUUUUGCAUCUCCAUGUACCUUGAAUUCUACCACCGCAGAAUUGGAAAAUUGAUCAAAUUUAUCAAACCCACCAUCCAGACACGUCUUGCUUAUGCUUCGCUUACCAUUGGAGUCAUUGGUCAGGUUUUCUUUGUGGUUCAGGCCAUAGUGUCUACAGUGUAUAUCCACAACCAUGCUAGGGCCAAAUCUCACUAUGCUGUUCUUCUUGCAACUUUUGCAGUUUUGAUCAUGAUUUCAUUGGCACUUAAUUUCACCAACUACUACAUUAUGGGUCAAUACUAUCGCAAGUAUGUUAAUGGCGAAAGAUGGAACAAGUUUACCAUUUCGUUCAUUCUUAAGAUUAUCUGGUUGAUAGUGACAAUUGCUUUGGCUGUCACAUGUUGCGUUCUUUAUGUGAAGGAUUUGAGUACUCCUUCUAGUAUUCUAGAGUGGUGUUUCCACUUUUGGUAUGGUCUUCUCAUGUUGUUUUGGACUUAUGAUUUGUACCCAUUGACGGAGUUGAGAGCAUUGAGACAAAGCAAGAAGGAGAAGAAACAAACCCUCAAGUCCAAGUUGUCUCGUACUUGGCGCAAGGAGAAGGACGGGUCAGUGACAGCCAUAAAUGAGGUGAACUCGAGUCGUUCAGAAGACCUUUCACCUUCGGGUUCACUGGAGAUGAACUCACCAGAAACCAACAAUAAAGGAUUUGAUUAUACCAGUUUCAACCAUGUGUGA